AUGUCCUUGCACACUUAUUCCUACUCAUCUUAUUACACUACUUGCCUCUCUCCUUCUCCUUCCCCCUCACGCCCACAGUCUCCUCCAAAGAAAGUCAAAUUUAGCCAGAAUCCACCUACAAUUGCUCCCACUUGGGACAAAAACCAAUACGACAGAUCUCCAGAGUCAAUUCCUACAACUAUCCAACUUGGCUUAUCCCUCCCACAAACUACAACCGUCUCCUCAAAACGCACGCGAUCAAAGAAACCAAACAGAAGCACCACCUGCUCUUCUCAGCACACCGAUAGCUCUUUCGUCAGUCAAUCCACUUGGGGUAUCUCAUUCGAUGACACAGAUUGUUUGGGAGGUUUUUAG